GGAAAACACUACCAGAGAUUUGCCUUUGUCUUCUUCUUCAGAUUCCGGGACCUUAAUAGACUGGGAGAGGUCAGCUUGGAGAAGAUGAUUCUUCAACAAUAUCCACAUCUGGAGGGUCAGAUUGGAGAUAUUUUACAGGAUCCAGAGAGACUUCUGUUUAUAUUUGAUGGCUUAGAUGAAAGUAUUCACCAAAUGGAUUUCAGAUCAAGUAAACUGUCCAAUCCAAAGCAGAGAACACGUUUUGAUGAAAUUGCGGUCAGUUUGGUGAGGCAGAGUCUUCUUAAGGGUUGCUCUGUACUGAUGACCAGCCGCCCAACCAGACUGACAUCAGUUGAUAAUGUUUUCCAGAGAAUAGUGGAGAUCAUGGGAUUUCUCCAUGAAGACAGACGGAUCUUCUUUAAUAAUUUCUUUGGAAAUGAGGAAUGGUCAGAGAAGGCUUUCCAUUAUGUGCAGGAGAAUGACACGCUGUACACUUUCUGUUAUAUCCCAGCAUACUGCUGGAUCAUCUGUACAGUGUUAUCAAUGUGCUUCAGAGCCCAACCAACAAUCACCGAUCAGCUGAUGACAUCAUUACCCAAAACAGUGACACAACUCUUUGUGACUUUUGUCUCCAACAUUCUGGCCAAUCACAGCCAGAAUACAGAUGGUGCUCACACUGCCCGGGAACUGCUGACAUCUAUGGGGUGGAUGGCAGAACAUGGAGUCAUGAAUCACAUGAUUGUAUUUGAUGAGCGUCAUCUGGAGUCAUUCAUUGUGAGAAAUGAUAAACAUCUCUUUUCAUCUUUCCUGAUGGAAUCUGGUCAGCCACCUGAUGUGGAUUACACCUUCUUACAUCUCACUCUUCAGGAGUUCUUUGCUGCUUUAGUCCAUUUUAUUGACUAUAAUGCUGACAAAAUACAAAAAACACUUGAUGGAGCUGAAUCUUAUGAAGAUGGCCGUGCAGAAAUAUUCCUCCGUUUCCUCUGCGGUCUCUCAGACUCUUCUACUAGAUCCAUGUUAAAGUUUCAUGUGGGAGAAUUGUCUGCUCAGGCUGCCAGACAUGUCAUCACCUGGAUCCAGAAGAAAAUACCAGAACAAAGACCUGACACAUCCAUAAGAGGCAACAGAGAUCUUCUUAAUGUGUUCUACUAUCUCCAUGAGAGCAGGAAUAAGGCUCUGGUGUCACAAUGUAUUGGAUCAAACAACAUUGACUUUUCUGGUGUCCCCCUCAGCCCUGUGGACUGCUCUGUGCUGUCCUUUAUCCUUCAAUCCUGCAAAGAGCUAGAAGUAAAUCUACGUUCAUGUAGAAUUCCGAGUGAGGGAUUGAGGAAACUCAUACCGGCUCUACACAACAUCAAGAGUCUGAGAUUGUCCAUUAAUCACCUGACAGACAGUUCCUGCCCCCACCUGGCAUCUGGAAUAAGAAAUAACCCGACACUGAGGACACUGGACCUGUCUAUGAACAAUCUGGAGGGUCCUCAUUUCAGGGAUCUGAUGGCGGCUCUGACAACAAGCCGGAUAGAGGAAUUACAAUUGUCCUAUAAUCAGCUGACAGACAGUUCCUGCCCCCACCUGGCAUCUGGAAUAAGAAAUAACCCGACACUGAGGACACUGAACCUGUCUGUGAACAAUCUGGAGGGUCCUCAUUUCAGGGAUCUGAUGGCGGCUCUGACAACAAGCCAGAUAGAGAAAUUACAAUUGGAUACUACUCACCUGACAGACAGCUCCUGCCCCCACCUGGCAUCUGGAAUAAGAAAUAACCCGACACUGAGGACACUGGACCUGUCUGUGAACAAUCUGGAGGGUCCUCAUUUCAGGGAUCUGAUGGCGGCUCUGACAACAAGCCAGAUAGAGGAAUUACAAUUGGAUAAUAAUGACCUGACAGACAGUUCCUGCCCCCACCUGGCAUCUGGAAUAAGAAAUAAUCCGACACUGAGGACAUUGGACCUGUCUGGGAACAAUCUGGACGGUCCUCAUUUCAGGGAUCUGAUGGCGGCUCUGACAACAAGCCGGAUAGAGGGAUUACGAUUGGAUCAGAAUCACCUGACAGACAGUUCCUGCCCCCACCUGGCAUCUGGAAUAAGAAAUAACCCGACACUAAGGACACUGGACCUGUCUAUGAACAAUCUGGAGGGUCCUCAUUUCGGGGAUGUGAUGGCGGCUCUGACAACAAGCCGGAUAGAGGAAUUACAAUUGGAUAAUAAUCACCUGACAGACAGUUCCUGCCCCCACCUGGCAUCUGGAAUAAGAAAUAACCCGACACUGAGGACACUGAACCUGUCUGGGAACAAUCUGGAGGGUCCUCAUUUCAGGGAUCUGAUGGCGGCUCUGACAACAAGCCAGAUAGAGGAAUUACAAUUUUAUAAUAAUCACCUGACAGACAGUUCCUGCCCCCACCUGGCAUCUGGAAUAAGAAAUAACCUGACACUGAGGACACUGGACUUGUCUGGGAACAAUCUGGGGGGUCCUCAUUUUAGUGAUCUGAUGGCGGCUCUGACAACAAGCCGGAUAGAGGACUUACAAUUGUCCUGAUAAUCACCUGACAGACAGUUCCUGCCCCCACCUGGCAUCUGGAAUAAGAAAUAACCUGACACUGAGGACACUGGACCUGACUGAUAACAAUCUGGAGGGUCCUCAUUUCGGGGAUCUGAUGGCGGCUCUGACAACAAGCCGGAUAGAGGGAUUACA